UUUUAAGGUACGGGUGGCUGUAACAACGAUAUGUUUGCGGUGCCCGGCUUGGUGAGGCUAUAUACGGACAUGUUGUUUACAAACAUGAUAUAUAAAUGAUGACACGUCAGUCGAGUUUACAGACAACUUACAAAGCGUUUUAAACGACUAGACUGAAUGUUCAUAAACAGACAAAGAGUAUUCUACAGCAAUUAAACUAAUCAGCAAAAAAUGAUAACUGAACUGCUUACAGUGAAUUGGACCACUAUAUUAGUGUUCGUCUCCGUGUUCCUGUUACUGUUUUGGUAUCUACGUAGAGAUAACUCUGGACUGCCCCCAGGACCUGGAAUUCUGGGAAGUAUGCUAGCGAUGAAAGGAGGGGACCCCCGACCAGCGUUUCGGAAGCUACGUGAACAGUAUGGCGAUAUCUUCACCGUGUACUUCGGAACUAUGCAGGUUACUGUGAUGAACGGCUACGAUGUCUUGAAAGACGCGUUCGUCAAACACGGAGACAAGUUUACCGAUAGGCCAAAGAUGUUUCUUACCGACGAGUUGGGCGAUGGCGGGAAAGGAGUUAUUUUUUCCUCCGGACACGUGUGGAGUGAGCAAAGAAAGUUGAUGCUGAGCACACUUCGAGAGUUUGGUAUGGGCAAGAACCUGAUGGAAAUGAAGAUCAAAGAAGAGGUUGUUGCAGUGGUUGACGCGAUUCAAACUGAGCGAGGGCAGGUGAUGGACUUCAAGAAACUCAUCACCGUCGCCGUAUCCAAUGUCGUCUGCUCGAUGGUAUUCGGAAAACGAUUCGAGUACACGGAUGAAAAAUUCUCUAAGUUCAUCGAUGCCUUGGAUGAUAAUUUCAAGUCUAUGGGAUCUACGCAGCUCGUUAGCUUGUUCCCUUUUCUAAGACAUCUACCAGGCGACUUGUUCAAGGUAAAGAGAUUACAUGAAAGUGGGAAAAUGAUCAAUGAUGAACUAAUAGACCCUGCUGUUAAAGAGCACAUUCGCGACUUUGAUGAGAACAACAUCAAUGACUACAUUGACUCCUAUAUCAAGUCUGUACGAGACACAGGAGAGACUUCGUCCAUCAACUACGCCAACCUCAAGAAAACCAUCAAUGACCUCUUCAUUGCUGGGACAGAGUCGACCGCCACGACCAUCUACUGGGCUCUUCUGUAUUUCCUCCACAACCCAAACGUUCAGGAAAAAUGCUUCAAAGAAAUCAACGAGAAGAUCGGCACUUCACGUCUGCCUUCAACGCGCGACAAGACCGGACUUCCUUACCUAGAAGCUACCAUUAUGGAACUGCAGCGACACGCCGACAUCUCGCCACUGUCCGGAGCUCACAGUCCCACGGAAGAUCUCGUAUUCCGUGGCUACAGUUUCAAGAAAGGACACGCCAUUUUCCCGAACCUCCACUCCGUACAUCGAGAUCCGAAAGUGUGGGAAAACUCUGACGAUUUUCGUCCUGAAAGAUUUCUCGACAAGGAAGGCAAGGUGGUAAAACCUGACGAGCUGAUCCCAUUCUUCAUGGGGCGACGGAACUGCCUCGGCGAGUCUUUGGCCCGCAUGGAGUUGUUUCUCUUUCUGUCUGCGAUGAUACAGAAGUUUCGAUUUGAGAAGGAGGAAGGGGUAGACACACCGCCAUUAAGUGGCGUUGUAGGACUCACUCACUCGCCGCUUCCUUUCAAAUGCCGGGCCAUACUAAGACACUAACAUUAUCCGGCAGACCCUCCACUGACGUAGCCAGGAUUUUAUAUUGGGGUGGGGGUUGGAAGACAACCCACUUUAUGUAUAUACAUGUGUAUGUAUGAUUUAAUAAAAUUUAAUAGUUUAAAAAAAAAGAAGAAAAAGUUUGAUGGGGUGGGAGCGUGGUCUCGUGCACCCCCCCCCCCCCAGCCUCCCUACGCCACUGCAGGGGCGGCGCAUGGUCGCAUCUCUUUUCAGACACUUUUGUGGGUUAUAUUUGUUGUAUCUGUGAAAAUGUCCUUUACAAUUGAAUCUGAAAGAAGUGUCUGGCAACCUCGAGCACGAUGCACUCAACACAUUUUAUUUAUGGUUAUGUGGCAUCGGACUUAUGGUUAAGGACCACAAAGAUAUUGAGUGAGGAAAUCCGCUGUCGCCACUUCAUAGGCUACUC